GGGACAGGCGCGAGGGGACAGCUGGGGCCGGCAGCGUCGGUCACUCUCAUUUGAAUGCAAAUCUUCAAGAGUUGAGGAGUUGGCUGACGUCAGGAAGGCCUUAGUAUACCUUUACCGUCUUGUCAACAGAGCCACAUCAUGUGAGACUGCAGACAGACUGGACCUACGGCGCAUUUCACACUGGGAACCCAUUUGGACUACACAAACAGCAGAAGGAUUGUUUUUUCUUUUUGAGAGUUUCAGGGCCGCAAUGUCGCCUUAAUACGGGCCACAACAUCCUCCCCUUUUGCUGUUUUUAUCACAUUCAGCUGUUUUUGUACAAAUCAUGUAUGUGGGAUAUCUUCUGGAUAAAGAAAGCGGCAUGUAUCACCAAGGGCCAGUGAGAAGAUCGAGCAUCAACCUGCCCCCACAGAACUUUGUUUCGACACCACAGUACCCCGACUUUACCGGAUACCAUCAUGUGCCGAACAUGGAUACGCACGCACAGUCGUCGGGGAGUUGGGGACCUUCGUAUGGAGCCCCACGGGAGGACUGGGGCGCUUACAGUCUGGGCCCACCCAAUACUAUUCCCACACCCAUGAACAACUCGUCUCCAGGACAGGUUCCUUACUGCUCGUCUGAGUACAGUCACAUGCAUCCUCCAGGAGCUGCGGUGUUACAGCCGCCGCCGGAGAACGUAAAUGUUGGACAACUUUCUCCCGACAGAGAAAGACGCAAUUCGUUCCAGUGGAUGAGUAAAACUGCGCAAUCAUCUUCCACAGGUAAAACAAGAACGAAGGAGAAGUACAGGGUAGUUUACACAGACCACCAGCGGCUGGAGCUGGAGAAGGAGUUUCACUUCAACAGAUACAUCACCAUCAGGAGGAAGUCAGAGCUGGCGGUCAACCUCGGCCUGUCGGAAAGACAGGUGAAAAUCUGGUUCCAGAACCGCAGAGCCAAAGAGAGGAAGCUGAUCAAGAAGAAGCUGGGUCAGUCUGACGGCAGCGGCGGUUCUGUGCACAGCGACCCGGGAUCAGUGAGCCCUCUGCCGGUGCCGGGCUCUCUCAGCCCCUCAGACAUCCACGGCUCUCUGUACCCUCCCCAGGGAAUGAACACCUUGCCAUCUAUCAGGAAUAUACAGCAGGUGACAGUGACUCAGUGAAGCAGCUCACCUGUGGCCGUCCGGACCACCGAACACAAUAACUGAGCACUCCGACCUGCUGACAGGACACCUGACAGGCAGCAGGGGAUCUGAACUGUCGUCCUGCAGCACCGAGCUUGUGGAUAAAGAUGUCAUUUUACAGCAACGAAAUGCUGGAGGCUCUUCCAAAAAUAUUGCUUUUUUUAUAGAAUAGAUCUAAUAACGUGGGGAUUUAAAGAAAAAACAAAAAUCAAAAAAUCGACGUGUUUCAAACUUAAAAGCUUUAAAUUUUGUUUGUGAGUUAAGAAGAUAUAAAUAUCCUUUUUGGGUUUUUUUUGUUUUUUGUUUUUGUUUUUUUGUAUGUGAUGAAGUGUUUGUGAAUAAAAGAUGAGAACUCAGGGACGUUGUUAAUGAAGCUGUGUGUAGCUCAGGUCAAAACUGGACGACCUGCUUUGACUUUGACAAAUCAUUUACACUCGUUUAUUUCAGCACAAUUUUUGAAUGAUACGGGUCGUUUGGUGGCAACGCUCAUAAAAAUGUAAAUAAAAUGUUUUUCUUUUGCAGUA